UUUCAAAUUUCCCUAUAAAAUGAAAGAGUCUGAGAGAGGAGCAGAGACUUGGUGAAAAGAAGUUAUAGAAUGGAAAGGGUAGUGGUAAGGAAAGAUGAGAGAAUUAUGACAAGGCUGGCAGAUGAGUUCGAACAACUGGCCGCUCAGCUGAACUCUCCGGCACCGAUCACCAUGGAAAUUGGCAAGUUCACCCAAGCCUGUCGUCUCGUUUCUCCUCUCAUUCGACACCUAGGCGUCGCUUCGAAGUUCGCCGACAUAGAGUACUCUGCUAAGGUUAGUGUGAUUGAAAAGGCAGGAAAGUCAGUUAAUACCCUAGAAGAUUCGCUUGACCGUGAAAUACAACAGAAUACCUUUAAGCCCCAUAAUAGUGCUUCGAGAUCCCUCAUCAGAGUGAGGCGUUCACUUGAGAUGCUUAAGAUAAUAUUCGAGCAAACUAUGGCCUCAAGCGAAAAAUCAAUCAUGGAUCCGGUUAAAACAGCAUAUAACCAAGUUUUGUACCCCUACCACGGAUGGGCUCUCAGAAAGACUUUUGUGGGUGCACUGCACACCCUUCCUACAAAGUCACUGUUCUUCAAAAGGGUAAAAUUAGAUGAAGCAUCGGCUUUUGUUCAGAUGCAAAGGACAGUUACUGCAUUAGCUCCUCUGAUACACUACAUCGACAACUUAUUCCAUUCAAGGGAGUCAACUCAAGAGCUGCUACGCUUGAUUUGAUAGAUUUCCGUCUUUUCGCAUGUACUCAUGCAAUUUUACAAAUAUUCUUUUAUUUCCUUAUUUCAAAUGUAUGGUAUGAAUAUCGGUGUGAACCUUAUAAGGAUUGUUAUUCGAUUUGGUUAUAGUUAUGGUAAGGGAAAUUUUAUUUGAACCCAUAUUUUAUA